AUGGACCCGUUGAAAGGUAAAUACACUUACUUUCAAAGAGUACUCCACAAAUUUAAAGCUCGCAGAGAUAUUCCUUUCCGUAGGAAGUUUUUCAUGGGCUAUGAUCUCUAUGGAAAUACGUACUGGGAAUUCACUAUCGAUGGAAAUAUGCAAAGAUUGAGAAGAAAAUUGGAACCAUAUCAAGAGCAGCUAUUCAAGGCAGAUUAUUUUAAAACAGUCCCACCGCAAUGGCUUCAAUGGUUAAGAAGAACCAGAAUCGAUCCACCUACCUUAGAAGAAUUAAUAAAUGACCAAGUAAGGCAACAGAGAAUCAAAAUAUUGGCUCAGCAGGCUGAUGAAAAAUGGCACUUGGAAAAGGAAAGAUUGGAGCAACAGCAUAACUUGCAGUUAGAGGAAGAGUUGAGAAGGGCAAAGGAGCCUACUGGCAUAGAUACAGAAGCUGAUGGAGCAAAGAAAGAGGAUCCUUGGGCUAAAGCAGCAAGCGAGAAUUCUGAUGAACCUCAGUCUGCGACCAUCAAUCCAAGAAGGUAA